AUGAUGGACGGUAGUGAUUUAAGUUCUGAUACCAGAAGAGGUUUUGUAUCACAAGGAUGGACACGUAUUUCACAGAUAUAUCAAGGGUUAUUAGAUAAAUGGACACCUCAUUCGAAAAGCAGAUGGGCAGUAGCUUUGUUACUGGUAUUAUUAUUUGUCCUCAGAGUAUUUUUAAAACAAGGAUGGUAUAUUGUUACAUAUGCUUUAGGAAUAUAUCAUUUAAAUUUAUUUAUUGCAUUCCUGACACCAAAGAUUGAUCCUGCUAUGGAUUUUGAUGGUGAUGAUGAAAAUGGCCCGGCAUUACCAACUAGAUCAACUGAAGAAUUCCGACCCUUUAUUCGAAGAUUGCCAGAGUUUAAAUUUUGGUUAUCUGUAACUAAAAGUACUAUAUUUGCGUUUUUCUGCACCUUUAUUGAUGCAUUCAAUAUACCAGUAUUCUGGCCUAUAUUGGUGAUGUAUUUCAUAACUUUAUUCUGCAUUACAAUGAAGAGGCAAAUUAAGCAUAUGAUGAAAUAUCGUUACUUGCCGUUCACCCACAGUAAGCCGAAAUACAAAACGGUCGAUUCAGCAGUGACUGUGAACUGA